AUGUAUCGAGCUCUUAUCGCUCAACAACGUGCUUCUAUAGAAGAAGCUAUUAAUGAUAAAGAAAAUCUUCAUCGACGUCAAUCCCCUAUUGAUAUUUCCACUAAGAAUUGUAUUUUUGAUGGAAAAUUGUGUGAUGCUCAUUCUUUCAACAUUACAUACACCCCUGGAGACUGUGAGAGAAUCAUCAUUAAUCCGGGCAAAGGCUGGCAAGUUGCUGCUGUUCCAAAUGCUACAACAAGCCUAACAGCUUCACAUUUAAAAUCAACUUAUCGAUUCCUCCAAUUUCAUGCGCAUUGGGGUUCAACAUCUGACUGUGGUUCAGAGCAUACCAUUGAUGGAAAACGUUUCGCAUCAGAGAUUCACUUUGUGUUCUGGAACUCCAUGUACUCAUCUCCAGCGGAAGCUCAGACACGAAGUGACGGAUUAGCUGUUGUAGGAGUUUUUGUGGAAGAAGGAAAUUAUAAUGCCGACUUUGCCUAUGUGACUUCCCAAAUCAGCGAGGCGUUGAACAAUGAUAACGUUGCCUACAUCUCUAACGACUUCGAUAUGAACAAAAUGAUUCCUUCCGGAUCGGAUUUGGUUCACUAUACUGGUUCAUUGACAACACCUCCUUACACGGAAUGCGUAAUGUGGACGGUGCUGUUAAAUCCAGUGCAGAUAUCUUCUAAUCAGCUAUUCCAUUUCCGCAAAAUAUGCUCAGACAAUUGGAGAGAGUGUCAGCACCUGUAUGGACGACAAACAUUUUCUUCAAAAUCAUUCUAA